UGUGAGGUCAAAGCUCCUCUCCUCUGCCGUGUGUCCCCCGGUGUGUCCCUGUUCCGUAGCGGCAGACUAUCACCAUGAGCGGCUGCCGGAGGCUGGCGGCUGCGUGCGGCCGGAGCUCCGGGCUCAGCGCGCUCUUCUCUCCGGUCAGACCCCCGACGCCCCUCCGCCGGAGUCACGCCACCGCCGCUGAACGCGCCCCGGGCUCGGACGCCGGGGACAAGCCCCCGCUGAGGGCCAUAGACCUGGCCCGGAAGGUCCAGCGGGAGAAGGAGAAGGAGAAGGAGGAGAGGGCGAAGCCGCGGGCCGCCGAGGCUCCGCUGUCCCCGCAGCAGAGGACGGUGGCGGAGCUGAAGCGGCUCAGCUCGCAGCUGCAGAACGUCCAUCCCAACGUGCUGGCCAAACAUCUGCACAGGGGCCUGCUGUACCGGGACGACGACCUGCUGGUCCUCAACAAACCCUACGGGGUUCCUGUCAGAGACUCCAGGCUCACGUCCAUCUCCUCCGUGCUCCCCGUCCUGUCAAAGAUGGUUGAUGGGAUGAAGGUAAAGUCAGAAUCUCAGCUGUUUCCCUGUCUGGCUCUGGAGAAAGACGCCACCGGAGUGCUCCUGCUGGCCAGGAGCGAAGGAACAGUGGAGCACAUACUCACCCUGAACAAGAACAACCAAGUGAAGACGAAAUACUGGGUGGUCACUGUUGGAAUUCCUGUGCCAUCUGAAGGAGUGAUCGACAUUCCCAUCAUAGAGCGAGAGGUCGUUGGUCCAAAGCCACACUAUAAGAUGGCUCUCAGUCCUGUCUUCCGUAUGAAUGACGCAGGUGACGGGGUCGUCAAAGUCCGCAGCCAUCAGCAAGCCCAGCGCGCCGCGACCAAGUACACCGUCCUGGACAGCAGCAGUGGCUGCAGCCUAGUGGAGCUUCAGCCGUUCACUGGAGUGAAGCACCAGCUGAGGGUUCACAUGGCGCUGGCUCUUGGAUGCCCCAUUCUUGGAGACCAUAAAUACUCACACUGGGACAAACUGGCACCUCAGAAACUGCCAAAAGGUGUGCUGGGGAAGCUCGGACUGGAGCAGGCGAAGGCGCGACACAUCCCUCUUCAUCUGCACGCACGGCAGCUGUCACUGCCAGGAGGCAGCCAGACCGACGUCGACGUGUCCUGCCCCCUGCCCAAAUACUUCACACAAACUCUGAGUCGACUGUAUCUAACCCCCCCUGAGAAAAAAAUGAUAAACAUCCCAUUUGAAGUUAAAUUAUUUUGGAACCCAUCUGAGGAGCGGACAUCGAGUGUGAGGCAUUGGUUCACUGCUGCAAGAAAGAAGCAAUAACCAUUUAAAUUAAAUGGAAAUGUAAUUAUCAAACAUUCUCAUAUGCAAAAAGAGAAGGCUCCCCGUAUCAAAAGGACAGAGAUGGAGCCAGGCGUUUGAUAGUACAGCACUGUACAAAGUUCUUUUUUUAAUAAACAAAUGAAGCUGCAGAGCUAAAGUUGCCAGAAUAAAUCUGUUUGUAAAAUCUUUCUUUAACAGGCUUCCAGCUGAUCAUUACAUAAACGCUGCUCGAGUCAUUUCUCAAAUUAAACUGCUGAACACGAUCCUUGGUGCGAGCA